GCCUCCAGCAGUCACUGACACACAGCAGCAACGCGCAUCACAUUCUGCUCCGCUCCCCACCGACUGCUCAAUUCUCUCCACGUUCCUCUCUGCUGUCUCCUGUAUCAACCAUUUUCUCUCUGCUUCGCCUCUAAGGCGGAGUCUUCCAUCGCCUUACCACCAGGCGGCACCAGCGAGGCGUUCGUGGGAGGAUAGCGUGGAACCCGCGGGAUGAGCUUCGAGCCGAGACUCUGAUCGUCGGUGUGUUCGUGGAUCUGCGAUUUUGGAGCGGAAUUGGGCAGUCGCCUCGGGAGGGCUCGCAUUACCCUUCGAGAUCAGCCCGCCAUGAGUCCCCCUCGUCUGCUCCUCUCGCUCCUCCUCGUCGCCACCCUCGCCGCUGCAGCAACCGCUCUCCACCACUCCGCCCUCCCCCUUGCCGCCUCCUCCCCGUCCGUCGCCUCGUCCUUCGCGGAAGGAGCGGAUCGAUCCACUUCUGUCGCAGUCGCCCGUCGCCUUCUGGGUCUAUCGGCGGGCGACGACGGCGACGAUGCGAAGCGGCGACUCUCCGUCGCCGGGCUGUCGCAGCGCCUGACGACGGUGAAUGCGGUGGAGGGGGAGGGAGUGGGGGAAGGAGUGGCCGUUGCGCAUAGGAGAUUGCAGGAGGACGACGAGGAAGGGGAAUCUACCGGCGGCAGCAGUAAGCUAAGCAAGAAGAAAAAGAAGAAGCUGAAAAAGAAGAAGAAAAAGGCGAAGAGUGCCAAGAAAGUAAAGAAGCCUGUUCUUAGCGAGGACGCGGAGGAGGAAAGCGCUGCGGUAGCUGCGGAAGCGGAGGGAGCGAUGGAGAGGGAGGGGAGGGGCGAGGAGGAGGAGGAGGGGGGGGUGGGAGGUGGAAAGGCGGGGAAGGGAGGUGAGGUGAUAAAGAUGGCAGUAGGGGGAGGCGAGGACGCGGAGGAGAGCGAGCUCAGCACGGGAGGGAAGGCGUUGAAGGGAGGGGAGGAGGAUUCUGCUGCUGCUGACGCUGACGCUGCUGCUGAUGCUGAUGGUGGUUCUGGUGUUGCGGGUGGGGCUUCGGUAGAGGAAGGACGGGACGGCGACGAUGAGGGCGUGGUGAAAAAGACGAAGAAGAAGACGAAAAAGAGCAAGAAAAUCAAGAAGAGCCAGAAGAAGGCGGUAGCGGAUGAGGUGGAGGACGGGCGGGAGGGAGAGGAGGACGAGAGGGCAGAGAGCAGCGUGAAAUUGAAGAAGAGCAAGAAGGGCAUGGUCACGGGGUUGGAGGAAGACGCAGAGGGCGGCAGCGGGGAGAAGGCGGAGGAGGAGAGCGAGGGGGACGUGCCGAGGGGGAGGACGAAGGGCGGGGAGGGCGCGGAGGAGGACGAGGGGGAAGGGGGAGUUGUGAAGAAGAGGGCUAAGGGCAGCAGCCCGGGUGACGACGAGGAUGCAGCAGCAGCUGCUGCUGCUGGCGGUGCUGCUGGUGACGAUGCUCCGGCUGACGAUGCUGAUGAUGCGGAUGGCGUGGGAGUGAAGAAGGGGAAGAAGACGACGAAGAAGACGAAGAAGAGCAAGGUGGCGGCAGGCGACGAGGAGGACGAGGGGGAGCCGGCUCUUGGAGUUAAGGGGGCUGCUUCGGGAGAGGACGAGGAGGAGGGUGGGAAGGGGAAGGACGAGGGAAGUGAGAGGGAGAGUGAAAGGGAGGUGGAGAAGGAAGGUGGGGAAGAGGAGCAGGAUGGGGCGGGAGUGGGGAGCAAGGCGGCAAAGAAGAGAGCGACUGCUUCUGCUGCUGCUGAUGGGGAGGAAGAGGGGGAUGCGGACACGGGCGCGGAGGAGGUGGCGCGAGGGGAGAAGACCAAGGUUGUGGGUGGAGCGGGUGGUGAGGAGCAGGAAGAGGAGGAGCAGUCUAGCAAGGCUGGGAAGUCCAAGAGCAAAACCAAGAGCAAGAGCAAGAGCAAGAGCAGCGUGAGGGAAGAGCAGCUUGACGCAGAGGGGGACGCAGAGACGGCAGCAGCGGACGAGGCAGCAGGGGAGCGGGAAGAUUCGGGAAUCGCAGCAGCAGGAGCAGCAGGAGCAACGGAGGCAGAGGAGGAAGACGACGCAGGCGCCAAGGAGACAAAGCGGGCAGCAGAGCCCGAGAGCGGCUCGUCAGCCGAGGACAAGGUGGAGGCGGCAGUGGAAGCCGCAGAGACGGCAGCAGCGGAAGCAGCGGGCGCAGGCGCCGUGGCCACCAUAGAAGCGGCGCAAGAAGACAGCGGCAACAGCGGGGUAGCCGGCGAGAUCGUCCUCGCCCCAGGGACCGGGAAGGGCGCCGGCAGCGAGGCGGACGUGGGGGUGGUGGACGAGUCAGUGGUGCUUGGGAAAGAGGGCGAGGCGGCGGCGGUGGCGGCGGACGAGGGCGCGGUGGAAGUGAGCGCGGGCGAGCAGCUGGAGAUCGAGGCGGCGGCGCUGGAGGAGGAGGAGUCGCUGGUCAACUUCAUGAGCAACCUGCACGGCAUGCCCGACCGCAUCCCACCCACCCUGCAAGGCCUCCGGGACAAGGCAGCGAAGCACAUGGCGCCCACCAUCAGCCGCCUGGCGCAGAAGGGCCACGCGGCGUUCAUCCACACGUCCGCCACCCUCCGCACCCACAUCACCCCCUACGUCGGCGAGUCCUACUCGCCCCUCCUCGCGUCCGCGCUCUCCUUCUCCCUCCUGCUCAUCCCCCUCGCGCUCAUCCUCUACCUGCUCAACAAGGCGCGCGUGAUCCUCACCGUGUCCAAGCUGCUGCUGCUCGCGAACCUGUACCUCACGCUCUACUGCUUCACGCUGCUGGCGGCGUGCGUGGUGGUGGGCGCGGAGCCCAUGGCGAGCCUCAGGGCCGUGGCGGAGCCCAACUUCUACGUGCUGCAGCUGCUGCAGUUCGCCGGGUUCAUGCUGUAUUUGGGGCUGCAGUUCUGGUCGCUGGGCAGCGCCCUGCGGCAGAACGCGCGGCAGCGUGACCUGCUGGGAGUGUGCCGCGCGCUGGUGCAGUGCACGGCGACGGUGGGCAUCGGGCUGCACUACUACCUGGCGGUGUUUGAGCGCGCCAUGCUGGACGAGGCCCUGCGCAUGAGCGCGUGGGCGUACCUCGUGUACGCGCUUGUGUUUGCGCUGCUCACGUUGCUCACCCGCACAAAGCAGCACCGGGAGGAGAUCGGGAAGAACACGUGAGGGGGAGGGGAGGUGGGAGGAGCGGAGGGUUAGGGGAUUUGAGGAGAGAAGGGGGAGGCAAGCGGAGAGGGCAUUAACUGGCGGGCCGAGAUUGUGUGCUGCUGUUGCUGAUCGGGAGGGUGUGGGGGGGGGGGGUUGUGAUGUGGCAGCCAUGAGUGGUGGUGGUGGAGGGGUGCCAGCCCACCAGGGCCUGGUCACGGAACGAACAGCAUGUAUACAGUAGUUUCAGCUUGAGGCGGGGGUUGGGGGGGGAGUACGUGUGGAACUUGGGAGGGGGAAAAUGAGGUGAUUGUCAGUUAUUACUGACCUGACUUGCCUUCUGGUUAGCCAGGCGAUCGAUGCCAGUAGUGCUGCUAUUCGGCUGGAUUUACACUCUUGUGUGCCCUCAACCGCAUGCUUGGGUUCAUAGAUAUGCUCCUCAUUGAGUAAACGUACACCGUGCUAGACUCUUUUAAGUUCUAACUUCAAUUGGAUAUUCUCUAGCAGGCCCCCAAAUUGCAGACUUUUUACUCUGAUUCAGACUUUUUUCAGAGUUUUUUUGGGGGUGUACUCUGAUUCCAAAGAC